AUGUCAGAUGGUCCAAACGAGAGUAAGGAGAAUAUAGCCGAAAUAGAUGAGAGUUCUAGCCACAGCCGUCUUCUGCUCGCACAGCUGGCACAACUUCGUAACGACUCAUUGCUCUGUGAUGUGACUCUGCUCGUCCAGGGAGAACGAAUCAACGCCCAUAGAAAUGUACUCGCUGCAUGUUCAGAUUAUUUUAAAGCCAUGUUCACAAAUGACAUGGCUGAAAAACACCUGCGAGAAAUGGAAAUGGUCGAUGUGGAAGCUUCUACGCUUGACGCUCUCGUAAAUUUCUGUUACUCUGGAAAGAUCACGAUCACCGAGGAUAAUUCACUGAGUAUUCUAGCCGCGGCCUGCCAUUUUCAGUUGAGCAAAGUUCAGGGAAUCUGCUGCGAGUUUCUGAAAAAGAAUUUGGGCCUGUCGAACUGCCUCGAAAUUCACGCGACUGCCGAUGCUUACUCUUGUCAGGAGCUCUUUCUUUGCGCUGACAUGUACAUCGUCCAGAAUUUCCAGAAAGUUGCUGAGAAUGAGACAUUCAAUCAAAUUCCUUUCGAUCGAUUCGUUAAACUAAUUUCGAGUGAAGAGCUGAAUGUACAAUCAGAAGGGGAGGUAUGUCGACCUCUGGAAAGGGGGUAG